GCUUUUUAAUUCUUUACGGUGGCCACUUUACAAUUUCAACUUACUUGAUAGUCUCUGGAGACACAAGUAACAAUGGUAAAAGGAACAAAUGCUGGUGGAUGAACAAAAGGAGCUUAUGAGAUAUCUAUUGUUUACUUCCACCAACAUGGCUGCAAUGACGUAACGUGCAAACCACCUAAUCCUAGUUUUCUACUUGACUAAAUUGUAAUUGUAAAUAGUAGUUUAGAACGAUCUUUACUUCUUAAGGAUCGAUUGUUUUUGUGUAUCUGGAAUACAAGAAAUACAGAAUAGGGUAAGAUUUCCGUAUAACCCCAUACUUCAUUAUGAAUUCGGUUCUUGGAUAAAGGAAGCGAGGCAAAACAACAGAUUUCCUUUGGGACUACGGCUUUUCUUUUAUUGGUCUGGGGUUAUACGGAAAUCUUUCCAGAAUAGCAGCUUGGAGUUUAUUUCGGAAACUGGUUGUUUGUGACAAAAUGUGCUGUCACGCAAGGUAGUCUUUGUACUCUGCAGUGGGUAACAUCGGACGGAAGUGUCUCAUGCUAGUCGCGAGGUUGCACGAGGUUGCACGGAAGUGAGUAAUCCGUAUCAAAAAGCUUGAAAAGCCUGGUUGUAGGACGAAGUAUCGGUUGAGCCAUGGCUCAGUCACGUGUGAAAUUCUUGAUAGUAGUUUUGUGCGUGCCUUGUAUGUUACACACAGACCACGGUGCAGGAUCCAAGCCACCGAACAUUUUGUUUUUGCUUGCCGAUGAUUUCGGCUGGUACGAUGUCGGGUAUCAUAACCCUAAAAUACAAACUCCCAACAUCGAUAAGCUGGCUAAGAGUGGAGUUAUACUCGACAGUUAUUACGUGCAGCCAUUAUGUACACCGACACGGGCAGCAUUGAUGACCGGAAGGUAUCCAAUACACACAGGUCUGCAACAUGAUGUAAUUCAUCCGGAGAAUCCCUAUGGAUUGCCUCUGGACUUCAACUUGUUACCACAGAAACUGAAACAGGCUGGUUACGCGACUCAUUUGGUUGGCAAGUGGCAUCUAGGUUUCUACAGGUGGCCCUACGUUCCAACCAAACGAGGUUUUGACUCCGCCUAUGGAUUCUGGGAUGGUUCUGAGUAUCAUUAUGAUCACAAAGUUUUCAAUGUCGUUGAUUUUCGCAAUGGAACCGAACCUGUUUUAGACCUGAAUGGAAAAUAUGCAACAUUCGAAUUUGUUAAGCAAGUGAAAAAGGUUUUGCAGGACCACAAUUCAUCGCAACCGUUGUUCAUGUACAUGGCCUUUCAAAAUGUUCACGCACCGAUCCAGGCCCCGGAGAAGUACAUAGAGAAAUACGACUUUAUAGAGAAUAAAAUGAGAAGAGUUCACGCUGCUAUGGCAGAUAUCAUGGAUGAAGCUGUGGGAAACAUAACAGAAGCUUUUAGAGAAGCAGGAUUGUGGGAGAACACCCUUCUGAUAUUCAGCACUGACAACGGAGGUUUACCUUAUUAUGGAGGUUACAAUUGGCCCCUUCGAGGAGAAAAAAUGACGCUGUGGGAGGGAGGGGUAAGAGGAAUUGGAUUUGUCCACGGAAAUCUGCUGGCAAGGAAAGGAGUUACGUGUAAUGAACUAUUGCAUGUGACGGACUGGUACCCAACAAUUCUUGGAUUGGCUGGUGUGACACCAGAAGACAAUACUCCUCUCCCACUGGACGGCCAUGACGUAUGGGACACGAUUUCGAUGGGGAAGCCUUCUCCACGCUCUGAGAUAUUAUUGAACAUUGAUCAACCUGGUUCAGUUCCUCCAGGGCCUGGUAUCCUAGGUGGUUAUACGGGGGUCGCACUCAGGACCGGUGAUAUGAAGCUGCUGAUGAAUGUGCCAAAUGUCACGUGGUUUAAACCACCAGAGAUUAGUGGAAUAGUGGAAAAAGAAAUACCUUUGAAUGCGGUGUUUGAAAAUCCAGACAUGGCCACGGUUGACAAAGUGGACAUCGCCUUAUAUAACAUUUCUAAAGACCCAGAAGAACGAGAUGACCUCAGCAAAAAAUUCCCAGAUAUUGUUAAGGAGAUGCAGAUGAGAGUGCAGUACUAUGUGAAUUCAUCAGUAAAACCGUUGAACCAGAAAAACGAUCCCGAAGCCUUGAAAACCGCCCAGGAAAAGGGAGCAUGGGGUCCAUGGAGAGACUAAAAUCCAACGAGUUGAAACUUCAAACACACAAGGGAAUUAGAUUUGUAGUCAGAAGAAAUCGUCAGCAUCGUAAUCAGCCCUCAGUGUAUAAAUGUUCGAUAGAAUAGUUGAAUUCUUCACUCGAAUGAUCCUCAGUCUCUGUCUCUUCUCUUUAUUGUUGGAAUAUAGAAAAACCAUGAAUCAUGCACCUGAGUAACGACGGGAAAAUUAUAUUGACUGAGGGGAAUAGUAAAUUCCAACAUACAAAGCUUAUUAAAUAGUGGUUUGAAAGAAAUAUUCGCUUCACUUCCGCGGACCGGCCUUCGCUCGCAUGCGCCAGGAAGUUACCAGUUAGUCACGUGACAUACCAUGAAAGUUUGCUUAUUUUUUAGAUGCGACUUGCUUUAAAUGCACCUGACUUGGAUGGAAUGUCAUUAACUUACUGAUUCACAGAUUAAUUCUAUCUUACACGUUUUACACUUUAGUAAAGCUUGUGAAAUCA